GGCGUCAGGGACAUACAGGAGUUUAGGAUUACCUCUCACACACACACAACUGAAAAGCUCUCACACGCUAAUGAUUUUUCCCCCCACUCACACCAACUACUGAAACGCUCUGUACACACUACUGAAAGACUCUCACAGUCUCACUUGAAAUGCUUUCACUCUAAGGAUUUUUUUUCCACUCACACAUUAAAACACUCUCACAGGCAAUAUUUAAACACUCAACACACUACUGAAACACUCUCUUACGCACUGCUGGAACGCGUCUGUACACAAUUCUGAAACUCUCAUGUCCUGAAACGCUCACACACUACUGAAAUGUUUUCGUACACUACUAAAAACGCUCCCUUAUACACUGCUGAAAUACUCAUUGACACUGAUUUUUAUCUCUCGCUCAAACACACUUCUAACCCGCUCUCACACACCCUACUGAAACACUCUCAUACACACUACUGAAAUGCUCUCAUGAUCACUAGAGAAACACUCUCGAACAUACUGUUGAAUUGCUCUCAUACACAGUACUGAAACACAUACACACUACUAAAACGCUCGCAUUCGCACUACUGAAACGCUUUCGUACACGCCACUAAAACGCUCUUAUACAAAUUACUGAAACACUCACGGACACACACACACACGCACAACUGAAAUACUCUCAAAAGCUCCUGAAACUCAAACACACACGAUUAAAAUUUAAAUGCUCUCAUACACCCUACUGAAACGCUGUCAUAAGAUUAUACAGUACUGAAACUCAUUCACACACACUCAAAAUCUUUCAGAAACCUUACUAAAACACUCUCAUUGACACAACUGAAACUCUCACACACUAUUUAAAUACUCACACUCUACUGAAACAAUGUCUCUCUCACACACACACACACACACACACACACACACUAUUGAAAUACUCAUAGACACAACUGAAACGCUCGUAUACACACACUUGCAAAGCUGACACAUCUCACACAUACUAGUGAAACUUCUAUUUCAGCUGUGAAUGAGGGCAUUCCACUUGUGCGUGUAAGAGCACUUCAGCAGUGUGUAAGAGAGCGUUUAAGUUGCUGGGGAGUAUGAGGGUUUCAGUGCUGUGUGAGUGUUUCAGUAGUGCAUAUGAGUACAUUUCAGUAGUGUGUGUGAGAGCAUUUCAGUAGUGAGUGAGAGCGUUUCCCGUGUGUGUCACUGUUUCAGGAAGUAGUGUGUGAGAGUGUUCCAGCAGUGUGUAUGAAAGCAUUUCAAGUGAGCAUGUGAGAGCAUUUCUGUAGUCUGUUUGAGAGUGUUUCAGUUGUUUUGAUGAGAGGUAAUCCUGAAACUCAUGCGCACUCCCUUUUUAUCUUGUUUACCUGAGAACAUUUCACCCUGCGCUGUGAAGCCUCGGCCAAGCGCAGCCUGAACCACGGCAUCCAUGUCAACGGACGGCUGCAGCAGAUGGCCACGACGGAGGUUCGGCUCAAUCACACGAUCUACAUCAACAAUUUGAACGAGAAAAUUAAGAAAGAUGAGUUGAAGAAGUCUCUGUAUGCCAUCUUCUCACAGUUUGGCCAGAUUCUGGACAUCUUGGUGGCACGUACUUUGAAAAUGAAGGGUCAGGCCUUUGUCAUCUUCAAAGAGGUGAACAGUGCCUCCAAUGCGCUCAGAUCCAUGCAGGGAUUCCCAUUCUAUGACAAACCCAUGCGCAUCCAGUAUGCCAAUCAAGAUUCGGACAUCAUUGCCAAAAUGAAAGGCACUUAUGUAGAGCGCGAUCGUAAGAAGGAGAAGAAGAAGCCCGUAAAGCCAGAGUCGAGCGGUAACAAGAAGGCGUCGGCGGCCGCCAUGGGUGGAGGCGUGCCUGGAGCCAUGCCCGGAAUGCCUCAGAUGAACCAGGGGGGCCGCAUGAUGCACAUGCCAGGACAGCCUCCCUAUAUGCCCCCACCGGGCAUGAUGCCACCCCCUGGAAUGGCGCCUGGUCAGAUGCCCCCUGGUGGCAUGGGUCAUGGUCAGAUGAUGCCCGGACAGAUGCCCCAGCAGGAAAAUCCUCCCAAUCACAUCCUCUUCCUCACCAACUUGCCCGAGGAGACCAACGAGCUCAUGCUGUCCAUGCUCUUCAACCAAUUCCCGGGAUUCAAGGAAGUGCGCCUGGUGCCCGGCCGGCAUGACAUCGCCUUCGUGGAGUUUGACAACGACGUGCAGGCCGGCGCCGCACGAGACGCACUGCAAGGGUUCAAGAUCACGCAGAGCAACGCCAUGAAGAUCUCCUUUGCCAAGAAAUAGCACGUCUUUUUAUCGCUCCCUCGCACAGGUCUGUUUAUCGCUGGGACACAAACUGAGAAUUUUUUUAAUAUGCCGUUUUCCCAUUCCUUACUCUUAAGUGUUUGUUUUGUUUGGUUUGUGUGAAAGCAUUGCACCCAGCGUCUGGUCAGACAUCACACCUGGAGCUUCUUAUUUUUUUGCAAUAAAAACGAACUUUCUCAGAGAAAAUGUUCUGCCUCAUGA